CGGUUCCCUAAGCUCAUGGCGGCCCUGUUUGUAGGGCGCGGCUGGAUCCUACAGCCUCCGGGCGGCCAAGUGUGGCGUCUCUGGCCCCGCGGACUCGGGGUUUGGGCCCCGGCGGAGGGGACCGCGGGGGGCUUGCUUAGGCAGCUCUGCGCGCGGCCAAGGGAGGCAUGGCGGGCCUCGGGGCUCCCUGGCAGCUGCCUGGGAAGCCGGCCCUUCAGCACGGCGAGGCCGCCGCCUCCGGGGUCGUCGGGGCCGGAGCCGGAGGGCCGCAGAGACCCCACGCGCCCCUCGCAACCCGGGCCUGUUUCCUGGAAAUCUUUAGCAGUCACAUUUGCUAUUGGAGGAGCUUUAUUGGCUGGAAUGAAGUACUUCAAGAAAGAAAAGACAGAGAAGCUGAAGAAGGAACGACAGCGAAGCCUCGGAAAGCCUUUACUUGGGGGCCCAUUUUCCCUCACAACUCAUACUGGAGAGCCCAAAACUGAUAAGGACUACCUGGGUCAGUGGGUAUUGAUUUAUUUUGGGUUCACUCAUUGCCCUGAUGUCUGUCCAGAAGAACUAGAAAAAAUGAUUCAAGUUGUGGAUGAAAUAGAUAGUAUUCCAACUCUGCCAAAUAUAACUCCACUUUUCAUCACUAUUGACCCAGAGAGGGACACAACAGAAGCCAUCGCAAAUUAUGUGAAAGAAUUUUCUCCCAAACUGAUUGGUUUGACUGGCACAAAAGAAGAGAUCGAUCAAGUGGCCAGGGCAUACCGAGUAUAUUACAGCCCUGGUCCCAAGGAUGAAGAUGAGGACUACAUAGUGGAUCACACAAUAAUAAUGUACUUGAUUGGACCAGAUGGUGAGUUUCUAGAUUAUUUUGGCCAGAACAAGAAGAAUGCGGAAAUAGCUGGUUCAAUUGCUGCACACAUGAGGGAACACAGGAAAAAGAGCUAGCCAAGGCAGCCUUGCCGGCUGCGGUAUUCUCCUGCUGAAGAGCAAGGAAGCUUUGUCUCCCACAGUAACUGAUAUAUAUAUGUAUAUAUAAAUGUGUAACCUGCAGAAUGGCCUUCAUACAUGAGAACAUCUAUAUUUUGGACAUGUUACUCUUGGCUUGACCCAAGAUAGAUUCUUGGAACUGUAAAGAUUACAAUCAAAAUUCUUCUGAAUGGUUGUCUUGAGACCAGUGGACCAAGUCAAUCUGAAGCCAGUGGAGUGGACCUCAGGGAAGGACACAGCCGGGAGAGGCCAGUGCAUUUCCACACAUGAACAGCACCCUCUGAUGAGUGUUGCUGCCUCUGCAGGGUGUUGGACCCUUGUUCAUACAGGUUGUGGGACUGAAUUUCCAGGAAGAGUGUAAUUUCCGUAGUGCCUUUGCUUUCCUCUUCGAGUUCUUGGUAGCUGAUUACAGUCACAUUAGGCUCUCUGGCAUUCGUAGUUAAUCUUUAUACUUGAAAGCAUAGGUAUAGUCUUCCUUGUUAGUGACUAUCGCUGUCAGGUUUGCAUGGUGUGCCCCUGUCAGCAGGUGCAGAUCUUACUAAUGAAGAGGAAAUCUAUUGUUUGGGGAAAACCAUUAGAUCAGUUUCUCUGGGAUCUUUUAUGUGAUUUUUAUCUAAAUUAUGUGCCAGGUUUUCAGUGACAUACCAAAUGGAUAUAAGAGGAUAUUGGUCAUGAGUGUGAUGCAGAGUACUUUUCUGCCUCUGCUAGACUGCACUGUGUGUGAAAUAAAGAUGUAUGCAGUUUCGCAACUUGGGCAAUCAUGAUCCUUCUCGUGGGUGAAGAGUGGGUGCAUGGAUGGCAGCACACAGCUCUCAGAGCAAGACCCACAGACUCCAGGGGGCAAGUAGGUGGGUGCUUGUUGAAGUGCAGGUUCCCGGGCCCAGAGCUGGAUUCACUGAGUCUGAGGUAGGAUGCAGAGACCUGCAUUCAUAGCAGACGUCCCAGGUGCCUCAGAUGCUGGUGUCCUGAGGACAUGCCUUGAGAAACUGUUUUGUAGGGAAACAAAGUUUUGAUCUGGAUGAGUGAAGACUUGACCCAUCUUUUGGUGCGUCAGUUAACAAAGUGCUGUGCACAUAGUGAGGCCUUCAGGAAAACGAUUGUCGAGUGAUGGAGUGAAUCUUGGCUUUUGUUCCUGAAGUUCACUUCCCUCUGUUCCUGGGCUUGACUUACCUUUUCCACCUGAAGCUGCUGCUGAGGGCAGAGUUCUCUAAAAGUUUGCCGGUAGAGCCUAACGCACAGGUGUAGUGCCUAGGGAGACAGCAGAUUCUCUGCACAUCAGUUAUGUUUUACAUGCACAAGUUAUAGGCCUCUUUUGAUUUUUAAAUUCUCUUCCCAAUACUUAGGUUAAACCUACUAUAAAUACUUAUGUCAAAGUAUGUGAAAAAGAAAAAUCAUAAACUAUAGCGGUUAUGGGCUGAAUCAGGUCUCCCGAAGUUCUUAUGUUGAAGUCCUAACCCCUGAUACCUAAAAAUGUGACUGUAUAUGGAGAUAGGGUCUUUAAAGAGGUAAUUAAGGUAAAAUGACGCCAUGAGAGUGGGCUGUAAUCCCAAUAUGACUAGUGUUCUUAGAAGAGGAGGAGAUUGGGACACAGACACAGAGAAGACAGCGUGAAGACAUGGAGAGAGGCCUCCAGAAGAAACCAACCCUGCUGACCCUUGCUGUGAGAAAAUAAAUGUCUGUUGUUUUAAGCCA